UUUCCAACACCAAAAAAAUCACUUCCGUAUAUUAUUAUUACAGCCACGCGUACUGUCGUCAUGUACAAACCCUUCACAUGCGUCCAAAUGGUCAACCCUACCGAUUAAAUGCACAAAUUUAACUACAUCUUCAUCUUCACUCCAAUCUGAAUCAAUUUCCUACAUUCAAUCCAAUAAAUCUAUUACAUGAUUGAAAUCUGUUGCUGUUUUACUCAAAUUCAUUAACAAUUGAAGUGAACAACUUGAUAUGGUAUGUAAUCGUUCAGAAUUUAGGUUUUUGGAUCGGCACACGGUUUUUACAGAAAAUACUGCAGGCUUGAAGCUGGUAAGGUUGAAUUGACUACAAACAUGGGUGUUUCUGGAAAAUGGAUUAGAGCGCUCAUUGGAUUGAAGAAACAAGAAAAAUCACAAAGUCCAAGAGAAGAUGGACAUAGAGGGAAUGCGGGAAAGUUUCGUCACCGGAGAAAAAAAUCCACAGAGAUAAACAAUGAGAGUUUUUUGAAUAAGCUCAAUGUUGAAGAUGGCAAUAGCAGUGCAGCUCAAGAUGUUACAAAUUCUUCUUCCAGUACACUUCAAAUGCAAGAUUCGUCUCAUAUGGAACAACAAAUGAGAGAAAAGUGGGCGGCUACACUCAUCCAAACUGCUUUUCGAGGAUUUUUGGCGAGACGAGCACUAAGAGCACUUAAAGGACUGGUGAGACUGCAGGCUCUGGUCAGAGGUCAUGCUGUGAGAAAGCAAGCUGCGAUUACUCUUAGGUGUAUGCAAGCCUUAGUUAGGGUUCAGGCACGGGUUCGAGCCAGGCGGGUUCGCAUUGCAUUGGAAGGUCAGACAGAACAACAAAAACAUCAACAGCAACUCCAACACGAGGCUCAUGUUCGUGAAAUAGAGCAAGGAUGGUGUGAUAGUGUUGGAUCCGUUGAAGAAAUUCAAGCGAAAUUGAUAAAGAGACAGGAAGCAGCUGCUAAACGUGAAAGAGCCAUGGCAUAUGCUCUUGCUCACCAGUGGCAAGCAGGAUCCAAACAACAGGUAACUCACUCAGGAUUUGAACCAGAUAAAAGUAACUGGGGUUGGAACUGGCUGGAGAGAUGGAUGGCUGUCCGUCCAUGGGAAAACCGUUUUCUUGACGUUAACACAAAAGACGAAAUCAAGAUACAAGAAACCAACGGGUCUGCGAAAGAAGAGCAAGAACAUGGCAUCAAGAAUCAGUUAAAAUCUACUGGCAAGAAAGUCAUUGCUUCAAAUCUUCAUUCCGAUUUAGCAAAUGAGAAAGUGGCCCAAUCUCAAUCUGACGGCUUUGAUUCUCCUCCUAUCAAGUCAACUACCAUUCAAGAAGUUCCUGCUUUGUUGUCUGUCAAGUCAAAGCCCAAGCCAAAACCAGUAAAGGAUUCGGUUCAGUCAAGAUCUCAUAGCAAUCCUAAAGAGAGGUCCACAAGUUUGGGUAAUCAGGGAAAGAAACGGCUAUCACUUCCCAGUAACGGCAAAACAGGGAAAGGUGUUGGGAGCUCAAAUAGCAAGGUUUCACAGCCAACAAAAGCCAAUUAAGAUAUUUUUCAAGUCAAAUGGAAGUCAACAAGAUCAUAUAAACAGCUGCUGAUGGAUGCUUGUAUAUACAUGAGUUAUUUAGCGCAUCAAGUUGCAACCGAAUUGCUGAGAUGUUUUCUCAAUAAUUGUAGUAAUGUUGUGUCUGUCGGAUGGUGUGUCAUUACUUUGUAACUACCAAUGUGUAUGUUGUAUUACCGGACAUUUGUUUGGGUACCGGAUGAGAUGGACAUCAAGCACUAAAGUGAGUGCUUGGUGUAUGUUGAUGAAGUUCAUUUGUAGUUUUGAGUUUUUCUUGUUCAAGUAUGUAUCAGGUGAUUUAUAGUUUGUUCUUAUUUAAGUCAAUAAUUCAUAAUUGUGCUGAAUGGACAAUAAAUAUGGCCAAGUAUAUUUGUAUUA